AUGGUGCCUGACUGGUCCCACGCUCCUCAUGGCGACUGUCCUGCUCCAGACACCAAAACAUGGUGCCUGACUGGUCCCACGCUCCUCACGGCGACUGUCCUGCUCCAGACACCAAAACAUGACUCGCCCCUCGGCUUCGCCGACCAACCCAUUUUGCUCCCUUCCAUAAAAUUUGGGGGCUGCCUCUCGGGCUUCCAUAGUGUUCGUGAACUUCGGAGUCGCCGUUGCUCCUCCUACGCUGCCUCUGCCUGCUUCCAUGGCAGGGUCUUGUCCCCUGCCAUAACUUCCUCCCAUGUCCACGAUGUCCUCCUGGGCCCAGGAUCCCUGCUCCUCCUGACCACGCUGCUUGGUCCUUUGGUGGUGGGAUCUUCUGUCAUGAUCGUCAUAAUGAUUGGACCAAGCCCUGCCCUCAUACCACCCUCCAGCCCUGCCCUCAUACCACCCUCUAGCCCUGCCCUCAUACCACCCUCCAGCCCUGCCCUCAUACUACCCUCCAGCCCUGCCCUCAUACCACCCUCCAGCCCUGCCCUCAUACCACCCUCCAGCCCUGCCCUCAUACCACCCUCCAGCCCUGCUCUCAUACCACCCUCCAGCCCUCCCCUCAUACCACCCUCCAGCCCUGCUCUCAUACCACCCUCCAGCCCUGCCCUCAUACUACCCUCCAGCCCUGCCCUCAUACCACCCUCCAGCCCUGCCCUCAUACCACCCUCCAGCCCUGCCCUCAUACCACCCUCCAGCCCUGCCCUCAUACCACCCUCUAGCCCUGCCCUCAUACCACCCUCCAGCCCUGCCCUCAUACCACCCUCCAGCCCUGCCCUCAUACUACCCUCCAGCCCUGCCCUCAUACCACCCUCCAGCCCUGCCCUCAUACCACCCUCCAGCCCUGCCCUCACACUACCCUCCAGCCCUGACCUCAUACCACCUCCCACCCCUGUUCUCAUACCACCCUCCAGCCCUGCCCUCAUACCACCUCCCACCCCUGUUCUUAUACCACCCCCCACCCCUGUUCUCAUACCACCCCCACCCCUGUUCUCAUACCACCCCCACCCCUGUUCUCAUACCACUUCCACCCCUGUUCUCAUACCACCCACACCCCUGUUCUCAUACCACCCCCCACCCCUGUUCUCAUACCACCCCCACCCCUGUUCUCAUACCACCCCCACCCCUAUUCUCAUACCACCCCCACCCCUGUUCUCAUACCACCCCCACCCCUGUUCUCAUACCACCCCCCACCCCUGUUCUCAUACCACCCCCACCCCUGUUCUCAUACCACCCCCCACCCCUGUUCUCAUACCACCCCCACCCCUGCCCUCAUACCACCUCCCACCCCUGUUCUUAUACCACCCCCCACCCCUGUUCUCAUACCACCCCCCACCCCUGUUCUCAUACCAUCCCCCACCCCUGUUCUCAUACCACCCCCCACCCCUGUUCUCAUACCACUCCCCACCCCUGUUCUCAUACCACCCCCACCCCUGUUCUCAUACCACUUCCACCCCUGUUCUCAUACCACCCCCACCCCUGUUCUCAUACCACCCCACCCCUGUUCUCAUACCACCCCCACCCCUGUUCUCAUACCACCCCCACCCCUGUUCUCAUACCACCCCCCACCCCUGCCCUCAUACCACCCCCACCCCUGUUCUCAUACCACCCCCACCCCUAUUCUCAUACCACCCCCACCCCUGUUCUCAUACCACUCCCACUCCUGCCCUCAUACCACCCCCACCCCUGUUCUCAUACCACUCCCACUCCUGCCCUCAUACCACUCCCACCCCUGCCCUCAUACCACCCCCACUCCUGUUCUCAUACCACCCCCACUCCUGUUCUCAUACCACCCCCACCCCUGUUCUCAUACCACCCCCACCCCUGUUCUCAUACCACCCCCACCCCUAUUCUCAUACCACCCCCAUCCCUGCCCUCAUACCACCCCCAUCUCUGCCCUCAUACCACUCCCACUCCUGCCCUCAUACCACCCCCACCCCUGCCCUCAUACCACUCCCACUCCUGCCCUUAUACCACUCCCACCCCUGCCCUUAUACCACCCCCCACCCCUGCCCUCAUACCACCCUCCAGCCCUGCCCUCAUACCACCCUCCAGCCCUGCCCUCAUACCACCCUCCAGCCCUGCCCUCAUACCACCCUCCAGCCCUGCCCUUAUACCACCCCUCCAGCCUUGCCCUCAUACCACCCUCCAGCCCUGCCCUCAUACCACCCUCCAGCCCUGCCCUCAUACCACCCUCCAGCCCUGCCCUCAUACCACCUUCCAGCCCUGCCCUCAUACCACCCUCCUAGCCCUGCCCUCAUACCACCCUCCAGCCCUGCCCUCAUACUACCCUCCAGCCCUGCCCUCAUACCACCCUCCAGCCCUGCCCUCAUACCACCCUCCAGCCCUGCCCUCAUACCACCCUCCAGCCCUGCUUUCAUACCACCCUCCAGCCCUCCCCUCAUACCACCCCUCCAGCCCUGCCCUCAUACCACCCUCCAGCCCUGCCCUCAUACUACCCCUCCAGCCCUGCCCUCAUACCACCCUCCAGCCCUGCCCUCAUACCACCCUCCAGCCCUGCCCUCAUACCACCCUCCAGCCCUGCCCUCAUACUACCCUCCAGCCCUGCCCUCAUACCACCCUCCAGCCCUGCCCUCAUACUACCCUCCAGCCCUGCCCUCAUACCACCCUCCAGCCCUGCCCUCAUACCACCCUCCAGCCCUGCCCUCAUACUACCCUCCAGCCCUGCCCUCAUACUACCCUCCAGCCCUGCCCUCAUACCACCCUCCAGCCCUGCCCUCGGCCGUGACUGAACUGAGGGCCAAGCCCUGA